AUGGAACUUCCGUUAGAGACUGGGACUCAAACCACUCGGGAUGGACCAGAGCGACAGGUAUUCAGAAACAUACAGCACGAAGACUAUGAAAGUCCCAGGGACGUCCCUUACAGACACAUCGAUGUGCUUGGCAAUGGCCACUAUGGAUUUGUGGAUGAAGUCGAGGCAAAAUCACAACAAGCAGACGGUUCGACUGCAGUAACGUACGCUAGGAAGACUAUUCUCGUGCAAAAGGCUCGCUCCGCAGAGACCACCCGUCGGAUUCGCAACGAAAUCGAUAUUAUGAAGCGACUAGAUCAUGAACACGUUAUCAGAAUAGCGGCAACUUACACCGUAGGAAACAGAUUCGCCAUCCUCAUGCAGCCAGUGGCGACAAUGAAUCUUGCUGAGUAUAUGGAUAGACAUCCUAAGCCGGCAUCCGAUUCUCCUAUGCGGUGUUGGUUUGGCUGCCUGGCCUCCUCGUUGGCUUACCUUCACUCAGAGCGGAUCAAACAUCGGGAUAUCAAGCCUGCGAACAUCCUCAUUAAGGGAGCGACUAUCAUUCUCACCGACUUUGGUAUCGCCCACGAUGUGCAGGACGAUUUGACAAGCUCUACCGUGGGCACGGUCGAUUCGAAGACGCCUAUGUAUUGUGCCCCAGAAGUUGCAGAUGAAAAGAGACGUGGUAGAGCCGCCGACAUCUUUUCACUGGGAUGCGUGUUUUUAGAGAUGGCCACA